AAUAUAUCACAAAGUUCAUUAGUAGAGAGUCUUUACCUUUACCUUACCCACUUCCUUGACAUCAGAAUCUCCUUCUCUCUGCGCUGUUCAGAAUGAUCAUUCCCGUUCGCUGUUUCUCUUGCGGAAAGGUCAUUGGUGACCUCUGGGAGCGUUAUCUGAGAUUGCUUGAUGCUGGCGAGAAUGAUGGCGAUGCCAUGGACCAGCUUGGAUGCAGACGGUAUUGCUGUAGACGAAUGCUCAUGACCCACGUCGAUUUGAUUGAGAAGCUCCUCAGAUACAACCCUGCGGAGCGGGAGCGGGCCAAGAACCAGAUGUAAAAAUUGGAUGCAAAAAUACGGAAUCUUGCAGAGUUACGGCGUUUGGUGGUGGCAUCAUAUGGGUCUCUUGCGUUUUCACGGGGAAAAAGUUUUACCAU